AUGUCAACAGUCACUCUUCAAACCAAUAUGGGUGAUAUAACACUCGAAUUGUAUUGGAAACAUGCUCCCAAUACAUGUAGAAAUUUUGUUGAUCUCUCACACAGAGGUUAUUACAAUGGAACAAUAUUUCAUAGACUCAUAAAGGAUUUUAUGAUACAAGGAGGUGAUCCAACUGGUACUGGGAGAGGAGGAGAAUCUUCACAGGGUGGAAAGUUUCAAGAUGAGAUUACUAAAGAAUUAAAGCAUACUGGUGCAGGUAUACUAUCAAUGGCUAAUUCUGGUCCAAAUACCAAUGGUAGUCAAUUCUUUUUAACAUUUGCACCUACUCCUUGGUUGGAUGGCAAACAUACGAUAUUUGGUAGAGUUUCAAGUGGUAUGACUGUAUUACAAAGAAUGAGUUUGGUAGAGACAAACUCUAAAGAUAAACCUGUUCAAGAUAUCAUCAUAUUAAAAACAAUAAUAACAUCAACAGCCACGGCUAAUUAA